AUGACGACUUCGAAUCCAUUUUUUCCUGGUAGUGAUGGUAACUCUGGAUACCUAUUUCGCAGAAUUCCCCCCAAAUACUUUCUCCUCGCGAAAAGGAACACCAUUGUCAACUCACCACCAUAUACGGACGAUUGGAGAGGACUAGAUGGUGCAUGGGCGAGUCGCUUCCUAAAAAGAGUUGAGCAAUUGGCGUCAAAAGAAACAUAUGAGCAGCUCAUCGUUAAGAACUCGUACGAGUACGAGAGUUUGAAUUUGCUUGAAAUAUCGGGAAACGUGAGUUCAAGAAAGAUUGAGCAUAAACUUGUGUCAGAACUCCCCAUCGACAGCAAGCGACAAGUUACAAACGUUGUGGAGGAAGACGGUAUCCGAACACCACGUAAUCAAACCUCGAUCGAUGAGGAUGUUCUUAAAGCCGCUGCUGAGAAUCUGACACGCCUCGAUGAUGUUAAGUAUUUCCAAGAAUUCGUCCCACUUUUUGAACGAUACAAGGAACAGCAAAGAUCCAACGUGUACUCUUGCACCAAUGAUGAUGUUAUGGAUAUCCGAGGUGACAGUGGUUUUGCACGAUUUUUAACAGUCAGCCAAUACGCAAAAUUACUUUCUGUACGACCAAAAAGGAAAGCCGUAGUACCAGAAUGUUGGCGUGAAGUUGUAGACGAAUAUUUUAUGGAUUCAGUUACCAAAGGCGGGCGAAAGAAAAUCCUCGCUGAUUGGGUUCAUAUAACUGAUUCACUAGUGAAAGGCAAGGAUGGAGAUACAGAGGAUGUAACGAGGAUCAAAAGGUACCUGUAUAGAGUGAUGUCACCUUUAAUUGAAUCAUUCCUUAAACCAAUCCCAGAUAUUAGUUCUCCAAACACUAGUGAACAUCACUAUUGGUCAGAAUUUGGACAUCGAUUCUUCUCCAAGGCUUUACAGGACUUUGUAGGCCUAGAUUGGCGGGUCAUGGAAGUUCCAGUAUUUGCCUCCAAAUACAGAAAAAACUAUGGGCUUGACCUUGCAGUGCAAAAAGUGGUUGAAGGCAAAUAUGCUGAUCUAUUAGCAUGGUCCUGGGAAACAGGAGAGGAAUUUUUUAUUGGAGAACAAGCAGGUCCUCCAACUGAGCCUGAUCUUACAAAAUUUGCCAUGGAUUCUUUCAAAUUGUACAGAGAACUGAGAGACUGCCUAAAUGUCCGUAUCCUACAUGCAAUGGAGAAAGGGGAUGAUAGUUACAGUGAUCGUGCUGUAUUUGGUGUGUUAGGAUAUUUGUUUGAAAUGAAAAUGCUAAUAAUGUGGAAAGAUGGCAUAUAUGUGUAUGAAGAGUUCGGAAGUCUCACCAUUGCUUCACACUGGAACAAAAUUUAUACAAUGAAGGCAGGCAUACUAAAGUUACUGGAAUUUAUGAUGGUUAUGAAAAUGGAAGUAAACCAUUCGACAGAAAUAGAUUGUGAUACUGAUAAUGACAAAAUUCAGAUUUUGAAAAGAAAAUUUAAUGAAAUUACUCAAACAGGCAAAGUGUUUUGUCCUUUAUAA